AUGGCCCCCGAAGUCGUCAAUGGGUUCGCCGUGGUUGCAGAUAAGGAGCGAUCUUCUUUAACAAGGAUAUUCCAUCGACGAUUCAGCUCUUCGAGUAAAGUCAACACCAAAAUGUCAACUUCCAAUACAGGUAUGGAGCAAACAGGCGCUGUCCAGAGCGAAAGUUCUGCUCGGAUUGAGACUACAAGACCACCUCACCUUCGGCGCCGGAUUACGAUUGGCGGUUCGGGUCAAGAUGCUCAAGCUGCCCAACACACGUCUUUGCCAACAGACACAAGGCAUGCCUCAACAACUCUUCAAGGCGGAGGAUCCGGGUCCCUAACUGCGAAAUGCCAUUAUCCUCCCACGAGCUGGAGGCCCACUCCACCUGCUCAACUUACCGUUUCGGAUGUUGAGGGAAACCAUCUGUCAGGAAGCGGUUCAAACGGUGAAGACGAUGGGACUAGGAAAUCAUCCACGACUGUCCAAGUCGCAGGAUCUCAUCUCAACCCUCCUCCCUCAAACAGUACGAUGACUGCCAGUUCGCCGGAAAAAGCGAGGGGCCCUCCAGCAUCAUCCAAUGGUGAAUAUCGAUCUUCUCCGGCUCGACCAGGCUCUCGUCGCCGCUACAGUAUAAUCUCGUCCAUGUCCACCAACUCAACAAACGCAGGAAUCUCACCGACUAGAACGACCGGCGGAUCAACUUUAGGUCGGCGAGCUUUUGGUGGAAUCGCCACUCUGCCAGAUCCGAGGACUGUGUAUGCUCACACGUAUCACUACACGGUCUGUGCUCACACAUCACCUCCGAUGUCCCGACCCCUCAAUGUGCAGCCUAAACUCGUGCGGUACAGGGAAGGACUUCUGGCGUAUCCCCCAUUUCAUCUGCGUGGGUACAAUGCUGAUCAAUCAAUUGCACCUCCCACGAUCUACAUCCUGGAUGGAUCGUGCUCCGACUGUGACAUCAAAACACGACGCCACGCCGAGUCAAAGGUCCUGUCUAGAUACUCCCAUCAGCUGGAAAAUCUUUACAUCCAGCUGAGUCUCGUUCAGAAGGACAUCGCCAACAAGAACCACGACGUCUCGAUUCCUGAAAAAAGCGACAGCGCGGUAGCCAUGUUUUCAUUCCCAUCGACCCUAGAACUGGAGACCGAGGCGACCCAAGCGAUUCUGGAGAUCGAGGAUCAGCUGGACCAAUUGAUCAGUAGCCGUGAUCGUGAGGUUAGACAGAUUUGGAACGGAUACACUGCGAGGUGGGGUCCGGCAACAGUCGGAAUUCAUCGCGAACACAAGACUCGCGAAAGAAGUCAAGCAAGAGCCGCCGUCACAUCGGACAACAUGUCUCAGGACACUGCAGCCUCAUCAACCGGCUUCGAUGUCCCUUUAAGUGAUCACAGUCCCGGCCGAAGUCGCACGAUGACCACACUGAGCACGAAACCAGCCUCUCACGUGAGCCGAAAUAGCAGUUCCGAUACCCACGCGCGCACCAGAUCUGUCGGCGGUCCACAGGAACGAUAUUCGGACGGAACAUAUGGACUUAGCGUCGACUCGUCAGUGGAUGGUGUCAAAGGACGGGGUCGUAUGGUGGUCGAUUGGAUCCGGCCGUCACGACGGGAAGGUAGGAGCAGGAGUGUCGCCAGGGCGACAAGCCGGACAAGCAGUCGAAACGUGCCAGAUAAAUGA